AUGUUUCAACAAAAUAAUUCCCUCAAAUGUAAUUUUAAUAUAAUUUUUCAUCAUAUUUCUUUCAGAACAAAUAAAGGAGAAUGGACAAAGGGGUUGAGUACCAACCCAAAUAAAAUAAAUCAAAUAGAAAAUAACAAAAGUAAUAUAAAUAAUACAUAUUAUCAUAUAUAUCAAUAUGACAAAAGUAUACUUGUUAAUAAAUUCAUACAAAUGUAUAUAAAAAUGGGGUACAUAAAGAAUAAGAAAAAUAAAAUAAGUAUAAAACAAAACAAUAAUAUAUAUAACAAACAUAACAUAAAUAAUAUAUAUAACAAACAUAACAUAAAUAAUAUAUAUAAUAUAUAUAAUAUAUAUUAUAAUACAUUUAUAUGUAGUACAAAUAAUGUAAGAAAUAAACAAUCAUUUUGUAAUAAUAAUGUACAUGAUAAAUUUGGUGGGCUUGCUCUAUUCUCGAGAUUUUUUUUCACUAUGCCCAUAAACAAUAUAAAUAAUUAUUUUAACAAACAACAUAAUGAUAAAAACAUAAAUGACAAGUUUGAUACUUCCCACUGUGAGGAAGAUCCUGAUAAGGGGGUAUCUAAGAACAUUGAUCAUCUCAAAAGAGAAGAUGAACAUGGGAAAGCCUUAACCAAUAAGGAAAUGAAUAAUAAUAAUAAUAAUAAUAAUAAUAAUGAUGAUAAUAUUUAUAAUGAUGAUAAUGUUUAUAAUGAUGAUAAUAAUUAUAAUGAUGGUAAUAUUUAUAAUAAUAAUAAUGAUUAUGCUUAUAAUAACAAGAGUAAUGAAGGAAGCACAUACCCUUUAAAUGAAGAAGAAACUAACGUAAAUCUAACAGAAGAUAUAUAUCCAUAUACAGAUUUCAUUAUUGAAAAAUGUAAACUUAAUAUAAAAAGUGAUGUAGAUAUAUAUGAAAACACUUGGUAUGUGAAAUUAAUAUAUGAUUUAUUAAAUUCCACAAAAUUAUUUUUUGAUUGUACAUGGAUGAGUUCAAUUAUAAUGACAACAUUAUUUAUGAGAAUCAUAAUUUUGCCUUUAACCAUAUCUUCAGAAAGAGAUAGAAGGAAACAAAAAAUAUUAAGUCCUUUAUUAAAAGAAUUAACAAAGAAAUUAAAAGAUAAUGCACAAGAUGGAAAUAUUAAAAAAGCUGUAGAAUUUAAAAAAAAAAUUUUAAAUAUAAGAAAUACACAUGGUAUAUCAUUAAUACCGAAAUCUAUUAUUUUAAUGGCUUUCUUUCAAACACCUUUAUUUUUUAUAUUCUAUUUUUCUAUGAAAAGAAUAGCAUCUUAUCCUGAUAUUUUUAAAGACUUUACUUUUGAAUCCCCAUUGUGGUUAGAUAGUCUAUCCUUACCAGACCCAUAUUACAUUCUUCCUAUCUUAUCAUCACUCUUGUUAUUAUCAAAUAAUGAAUUAACAUUAUUAAUAGAUAAAAAAAUCAAUGAAAAUAAUAAACAAUCAAAUUUAAAUAACCAAGAAGAAACAGAGUUUCAAAAAAAUAUGAAAAAAAUUACAAAACUUGCUAUGCGCUUAUUCUAUUUAUCCUCUGUACUUUUCUUUAAAUCCAUGCCAUCUGGACUUUUUAUAUAUUUUAUUACAAAUACAUUUUUUCAAUUAUUCAUAACACAAAUAUGUAAAAUUAAAAUUAUAGAAAAUUUCCUUGACCUACCACCCUUACAUUCGAAGGGAUUUAUAACGAGUACUAACACAUCACAACAGCAAACAACUUCACAAAAAAAAAUAAUACACAUGAAUGAUUUAAUCAAAAGGAAAAAAUAA